UGGAGGAGACGGACCGCCAGUCCCACCUCUCUGCUCCAUCUGUCAAUGGCUUUCGGGACCUACUUCAUUUGAAUGUCUGGACUUUUUAAGUGACCAAUAAUGGAUAUUCUAUGGAUAUUAUGGACCAUACCGGCCGUAAUAGCUAUUGAAGAGACACUCAUGGACUCCACCACGGCCACGGCGGAGCUCGGCUGGACGGUCUUCCCAGUGUCGGGGUCGAGCGACAACAGCUGGGAGGAGGUGAGCGGGUACGAUGAAAACAUGAACACCAUCAGGACGUACCAAGUCUGUAAUGUUUUCGACAACAAUCAAAACAACUGGGUACGGACAAAAUACAUCCGGCGUCGUGGUGCGCAGCGGAUCCAUGUGGAGAUGAAAUUCUCAGUGAGGGACUGCAGUAGCAUCCCCAAGGUCCCGGGCUCAUGUAAGGAGACUUUUAACCUGUAUUACUAUGAAUCCGAUGCCGACACAGCCACCAGAACCUCCCCGGCCUGGAUGGAGAACCCUUGGAUCAAGGUGGACACCAUUGCAGCAGAUGAGAGCUUCUCCCAGGUGGACCUUGGGGGCAGAGUGAUGAAGAUCAACACUGAAGUGCGAAGCUUCGGCCCCGUGUCGCGAAACGGCUUCUACUUGGCCUUUCAAGACUACGGCGGCUGCAUGUCGCUCAUCGCUGUUCGGGUUUUCUACCGCAAGUGUCCUCGAAUCAUCACUAACGGGGCGUUGUUCCAGGAGACUCUGUCGGGAGCAGAAAGCACCUCCCUGGUGGCCGCAAGGGGUAUUUGUAUUCCCAAUGCCGAGGAGGUAGAUGUGCCCAUCAAGCUUUACUGCAAUGGGGAUGGAGAAUGGAUGGUACCCAUCGGGCGCUGUAUGUGCAAAGCCGGCUACGAGGCUGCGGAAAACGGGACUGUUUGUCGAGCCUGUCCGUCAGGAUUCUUCAAGCCCACUCAAGGAGACGAGCAUUGCAUGCAGUGCCCCAUUAAUAGCCGCACCACCAGUGAAGGAGCCAUUAACUGCAUUUGCCGCAACGGCUACUAUCGCACCGACUCUGAUCCUCUCCAGAUGCCGUGCACAACCGUCCCGUCAGCUCCGCAGAAUGUGAUCUCCAGCGUGAACGAGACCUCUGUGAUGCUGGAGUGGAUUCGUCCCCGGGACUCCGGCGGCCGCGAGGACGUCGUCUUCAACAUCAUCUGCAAGAGCUGCGGUGGAGGCCGGGGAGGCUGCACCCGCUGUGGAGACAACGUCCAGUUCCUGCCCCGCCAACUGGGCCUGACGGACACCCGGGUCUACAUCAGCGACCUGCUGGCCCACACACAGUACACGUUCGAGGUGCAGGCUGUCAACGGGGUGUCAGAUCAGAGCCCCUACUCUCCCCAGUACGCUUCAGUCAACAUUACCACUAACCAGGCCGCUCCUUCCACUGUCUCUAUAAUGCACCAGGUCAGCCGUACUGUGGACAGCAUCACCCUCUCCUGGUCCCAGCCAGACCAGCCCAACGGAGUCAUCCUGGACUAUGAGUUACAGUUUUAUGAAAAGGACCAAUCAGAAUACAACUCCACCACCGUCAGAAGCCAGACCAACACAGCGGUCAUCCGUGGACUCAAGUCAGGAAACAUCUAUGUGUUCCAGGUCCGGGCCCGCACCGUGGCUGGCUUCGGACGCUACAGUGGCAAACUGUACUUCCAGACCAUGACGGAGGAGGAGUACAACACAAGCAUUCAGGAGAAAUUGCCUCUCAUCAUCGGUUCGGCGGCUGCAGGGUUGGUUUUCCUCAUUGCUGUGGUCGUCAUCAUCAUUGUCUGUAACCGGAGGCGUGGCUUCGAGAGGGGUGAUUCAGAAUACACAGACAAACUGCAGCACUACACCAGCGGCCACAUGACUCCAGGAAUGAAGAUUUACAUCGAUCCGUUCACAUAUGAGGACCCCAACGAGGCUGUGAGGGAGUUUGCAAAGGAGAUUGAUAUAUCCUGCGUGAAGAUUGAACAAGUCAUCGGUGCAGGAGAAUUCGGAGAAGUGUGCAGCGGUAACCUAAAGCUCCCAGGUAAAAGGGAGAUGUUCGUAGCCAUAAAGACCCUGAAGUCUGGCUACACUGAGAAGCAAAGACGGGAUUUCCUGAGCGAGGCCAGCAUCAUGGGCCAGUUCGACCAUCCUAACGUCAUUCGCCUGGAAGGCGUGGUCACCAAGAGCAGUCCUGUGAUGAUCGUCACUGAGUUCAUGGAGAACGGCUCUCUGGACACCUUUCUCAGGCAAAAUGACGGGCAGUUCACGGUGAUCCAGCUCGUCGGUAUGCUACGUGGCAUCGCCUCGGGCAUGAAGUACCUUGCCGACAUGAAUUAUGUGCAUCGUGACCUUGCCGCCCGAAAUAUCCUGGUCAACAGCAACCUUGUGUGCAAAGUGUCAGACUUUGGCCUCUCACGCUUCCUGGAGGAUGACACAUCGGAUCCUACCUACACCAGUGCUUUGGGAGGGAAGAUCCCUAUCCGCUGGACUGCACCUGAGGCUAUCCAGUACAGGAAGUUCACUUCGGCCAGUGAUGUGUGGAGCUACGGAAUAGUCAUGUGGGAAGUGAUGUCCUAUGGAGAGAGGCCUUACUGGGACAUGACCAAUCAAGAUGUGAUCAAUGCCAUAGAGCAGGACUACCGGCUGCCCCCGCCCAUGGACUGUCCCAGCGCGCUGCACCAGCUCAUGCUGGACUGCUGGCAGAAGGAUCGCAACAACCGACCCAAGUUCAGCCAGAUUGUUAACAACCUCGACAAGAUGAUCCGCAACCCCAACACGCUGAAGGCCAUGACCCCUUUAUCUUCAGGUGUUCAUCUCCCGCUCCUGGACCGCAGCAUCCCAGACUUCUCCACAUUCAGCACUGUGGACGACUGGCUGGACGCCAUCAAGAUGGGCCAGUACAAAGAAAACUUUGCCAAUUCGGACUUUUCUACAUUUGAUGUGGUCUCUCAGAUGACUAUGGAUGACAUCCUGAGGGUUGGUGUGACGUUAGCAGGCCAUCAAAAGAAGAUCCUCAACAGCAUCCAGAUGAUGCGGGCACAGAUGAACCAGAUCCAGUCGGUGGAGGUUUGACCCUCCCCGACUGGAGCCGAGGGGAAAACCAGGCAGAUCGGAUGCAGGGCUCUGGGCACAGAGGACAGAGUGGAUGUUUCUUCCAUUUUCCUUUUUUCCCCAUAUUUUUUUUCUUUUUUUUGCGUGCCUGAUCUUCGCACCGGGCUGCCAUCCGCCCCCCCACUCCCCUGUCGAGUUUCCUCUCUCGUCCUCUUCUCCCCACACCCUGACUCUUUCUCCAUGCCUGCGAUCAGCUGUGGAGGGCUGUGACGGCAGAAGUCAUGAAGAACCCAGGCAGCACGCAGCCAGAUCCACCUUUAGAGCCGGAAAUAUGGGAGGUUAGAAGCGACCAGCAGCUCCUCUUUUUUUUUUUGUGUUCUUUUUUUUUCUCUCUUCCAAUCUUCCAUCAGUUUUCAUUUGAUGUUGAACAUUUAUCUUUAUUUUUUCUUUUUUUUUUGGGUUUGUUUGUUCUGCUAAUUUUGUAAAGAAUUUUUUAAAGAAAAAACUGAGAAGGAAAGGAGUUUAUCUAAAUGUAGAGAUGAUAUAAGGUUGUACACUAGAUAAACCAAGUAGGAAAGCUACCCUUUAAAAGGGCAAAAAAAAGGAAGAGGAAGAAGAAAAGACGAAGAAGUGAAAAGAAGGAAAAGUUGGGGACACCUUCCUCAACAAAGUGGGGAUAUUGUUUUUUGUUUUUGUUCUGGACACCGUGUGGAAACAAAGAUGCUCUCUGUGGACUGAUGAGACUGGGGGCGGGACCUGACGUGCACAUCCAGCUGGUUCCACAGGUGAAAAGAAAAAGAAAAAGAAAAAGAAAAAAAAAUCAAAAUGGACAACUUGUUACAUAGACUGAUGUCAAAACCACAUCAAAUGAGAGUGACAGUUCACGCAGUGUAGUCCAGAAAAAAAGAGAAAAAAAAAAACAGUAUUUUUUUUCCUCACUGCAAGAAAUUUUCUAUAUUAUUGACAUUUUGUGAUGAAGAUUUCCUUUCACCAUGCUUCCUCUCACUAAAGACUAGUCUCUUUUUUUAUUUCUUUCACCAUGAAAUAUUUACAACCUGCCAAAUAUAACUCUAUCCUUACACACUAGUCAUGAUCCUGUACUGUACAUAUCAGAUGCACUUGACCUGCCACACCUUGAUAACUCCGAGUUGUUAAAGAUCAUCGUUUCAGGAGCAGAACAACUGACCACAGGGGAGGAUUUAUGUUGUUUUCACUAUGAGCGGCUUCUCUUAGCUCAUCAAAAAAAAACAAAAAAAAAACAGCCUGACUUCCAACAGAUUCCUGCUAAAACAAACAGGUUCUGCUCUUCACAUCAACAGAAAGUCCUGGGGUCCGUUUCACGAAGCGGGUUCCGGUUAUGUUGAACCUCAACUCAGUGAAACUCAGAGUUUUCUGUUUCACAAAGCGGGGUAGCUUAACCUCCAGCACGAGGGUUCAGUUGAGCUGGUUUCACAAUGCGGGGAAAAAAAAAAAAAGAAGUCUGUUACGCGCUAACAGACAGCUGUUACCGUGGUAACAGACUCCCCUUCACCUAGCUGAAAUUAAUCAGACAACUGAUCACAUGACAUUUUAGAGACGUCUGAACAAUGACGUAUCGCAUUAGUGUCAGAAAAGUAUAUUAAUGAUCCAAGUAGAUUUUAAUGCGGUCACAAAUAUCAUGUAUAUUCAUACUUCACACAAAAUACCUUUGGUUAUUAGUUCAUAAGCUGAAAUUUACUCAUCAGGCUUAUCAAUAACGACAUGGCAAUACCGAACGUACCAAAUGUAGAAAAGUGAUACUCAUGACCCCCCCUCCAACUCAUGUUCCAGUUUUAUUCUUUUUCCAGUUGUCACAAAGUCAUCAAGUAGCCUAAUUAACAUGAUUUAAAAGUUGAUAACAUUAAUUCCUCAAAAUAAUUAGUUUCCUUCGCAGACUUGUGAGUAAAGACAUUUCCAUUCAUCAGUGUGACUGGAUGCACUCAUAUUUUCUACACAACUUCAAUGAUCUUUUUUCCCAUUGUUCCAUUCAUCCAAACUGUUUUUUAAUUACGUUUGAGUUACGUGUAUGAAAUAUGUUUUACCCAACUCCAUGUUCAACCGUUUCAAGUUGAAUACUGAGAAAAAUAUACCACUUUCAUCACUCAUAAGAAACAAUCGUUAAAUAUUUUCAUUCACAUUUGGUCCCAAUUCUUCAACUUCAAACUCUCUCUCCGUCGCUGCAGCCGCCGCGUUGCCCUUUCGUCUCAACAUGUGCUCGUAUUCACGAUUUGAUUGCACUAAUAUGUUCCGUUGUAGCGAACUAAAACAGGAGGAUCACUUUUGCUUACUACGCGUUGCCGUGGUGAUUCAACUUUUGUAGCCGCGGUAACUCGGAGUCGGCGUAUCCAGAGUUGAGCAGCCCAGAACCCAGAACUCGGAGUUUGUUGAACCCCCCUUUGUGAAACAGGCCCCCGUUCUUCCCUCGUCCCCCUCAUAGUCUUGUUCUCCACUGCCGUCUGUGUGGACGUGCACAUGUUGCGCACACAGAGCACAUGCACAAAGAAGCAGUUGCUCCCAAAGUGUCGGUACGUGUGUUUGAUAGCAUGCUGAGUGAGUGCUUCAUUUCACAGUGCUUCGGUUUUCUGCGAAGACUCAAACUCUCGCUCGGUCAUAGCUCGGACUUGCUUCAUUCGCGUUAUAUUCGCUAUUCUUCCAGUUUUCCUUUUUGAAAGACGUCUUUAUCUUUAAAGUGUGAAACUUUUGAUACCACACACAUUAACACACAAACACACACGUUCAUGAAUAGAAUUUACAAACAUUUGUUGAGUAAAAAUCAAAAAAAUGCGUGUUAUAUUAUUGAAAUUUCUGUAUGGAUAUUGAAUUGUUAUUAUUCCCGAUUUUUUCUGCACUGAGUCUCCUGUCUGACUCCAGCAAGCACUCUGGAUCUUCCACCAACACUUUGGAUUUAUUUUUUGAAUGACAAAAUCAUUUUAGUGCAAAAAAAAAUCACAUAGCUAAACAAAACCUUGUGACUGGUCUCGGAUUCAUUCUGUAGACAGUAUGUUUGCAUUUAUUGUAUGGUUUCUUGUGAGCAACAGUCUCAUGAGUACAGAUCUGUUAAUCGCCGUGUUGUUACUGUCAACGACACGCUGGAAGGAUUAUGGGAGAAAUAUGGAGUUCAUGGCAAUGCGGGGAUUCACCCAAAAGGUGGUGAAUCAAGCAGGGGCUGGUGGUAACAGCCAAUAAGUGAUCCCAGCGAUGCAGCGCGCCCGCUGGGCUCCCCUCCACGACCUGACAGCCAGACAUGGACGUCCAGCUGUGAGCCAUCGGUCAGAUGCGUCUGGUCACAGCGGGACGGCCACACCCCGAUCACAGCCGCUCUGGUCCAGGCCCACGACUCCGUCUCUGUCCUCCCGAUCACACACACACACGCCUGUCCGCCACCUGUCUGCAGCUUCCUCUGAUCCCCGCGUAGUCAGGCUCGCUCCAGUUGUCCGGUUAUGUCUCGGCACGUUUAAAACAUCAACACCAGCAGACGUCUCGACACUGGACAGCGAGGCAGUUGUUUCCCCGUCUCGUUCCUGAUGUUGCACACAACCCAGAUUCCUCCAGACCGGACAACGCUGCCAUGUUCGGCUGCAGCAGGUCGUCAGACGCCGACCUGAGAAACCCCAAUUACUGCAGCACCGCCAUCCUCCCCUCCAAUCCUCCACAGUCGUCCAUAGAAUUUAAUGCCGAGAGUGAAGCCAUUGAUUUUUUCAUUCUUUUCCUGCUCCAUAAGCCCCAGCUCGGUGACUUUCAUCUGCAGUAUGACACAUCAGAGCAAAUAUUUCCCUGGAAGCUUUUCAUAACAUGCUAUAUGAAGCUGGAAGAGGAGACUCAUAAGCUGUUAAGUCAUAACCGGGAAGCAAGUGAGAGGCGAUGCCGUGACCCAAAUGCCACCAAGCCGAAGCUUUUUUGAUUUCCCUGACCUUUGGCUUAUCUUCUCUCACUAUUUCUCACUUCAUAACAGCUCAUCGGUUUUAUUCUGCGAGGCAACGCGCCUUUUCAUGGUACAGCAAAUAGGCUGUCAUCAGGAAAAGCUCUUAAUGCACAAGAAAUUAAUCAUCUUUUUUCCUUUUUUUCCUGCCCCGGCCCCACUCUUAGCUCAUUCAGAUGCUUGUCCAUGGAUGCUGCGAAGACUGAAUUAUUAGUCGGGCAAUUAUCCCUGACAUUUGCUCAGAGGAACUACCUUAAUUGGGGUAGGCACACACUCGCCAGAACCGAGUGCUGCAAAAAUGAAGCUCGUUUUGCAUACCGUCUAUUUUACUAGUUUUUAUUUUAGUUAGGAAGGAGUUUGAUUGCGGCGAGCUUGGAAAAUAUUUGGAUUCUCGCUGCACAAAACAGAGGUAUUUUCAAGUGGUCCGGGCUGAGAAACGUUCAGUGGGCUCUCAUGUUUAACUAAAACUAUUGAACUUGAAGAAAAAGUAUCGAAAACGAGCCGCUGAUUAUUCUGUCAAACGUUUUAUAGUUAACAUAUUUCUGAAGGAAUUUUCACUCACUGUAAUUAUUCUUUUGCUCCCUUUGAAAUUUGAUUGAAUAUUUCAUUGAAAUGACAUUGUCCAUUGCUGGAUUGGAAAUCACAGUUCAGAAUUGCAGUUGGACAUAUAUAUUUGAUCACUGGGAAAGUUUGUAAAUAUUUAUAAAAAAAAAAAAAAUGUAUUUACGCACUUUGUUUAAUUUUCUUGCUUCUAUCCCCUUCUAAGCAGUCGAUUGCUGCUGCUGACUUUCCUCAGACACUAUGUAUUAUUUAACUUACAAGGUGUAGUUAAAGAGUAUAAUUUUACGACGGCUUCCCAUGUUU